AAACAAUAUUUCAGCUGUGUGACUUGGAGCUUGAUUGGUGCAGUAAAUGAAAUAGAAAGAUUUUGCUGAGUCUGCGUCUCUGUUUCAGUAUUUGUAUAUACUUGUGAAAGUGCAGUGACAUGAUGUAUCAUCCAACUAGAUAGAAACAGAUUAUGGACUGACCGUAGUCGAAGGUGAUAACGCAGACAAGAGCUGUCACCAGAACGUGUAGAACACGUGUUUAGGCACACAGUAUAACGUCGCAUUGGAGCAGGGUAACACUUCCAAAUCAAAUACCUUUCACUCUAGACAUGAAAGGACCACUGACUUUUCUUUCUGGAUCACGUUACCUUUUCCGCAGAUUACGUAAUAAUUUGCAUAUAAGGUCACGGACCUAUCAUAACAACAACAAGAUGACAAACAUUGUUGUUGAAGGUAAUAUUGGAAGUGGGAAAACGACAUUCUUGGAAUAUUUCAACAACAUGCCAGGAAUACAAGUUGUUGAGGAACCGAUUGAUAGUUGGCGAAAUGUCAAAGGUCACAAUGUGUUUGGUUUAAUGUAUCAGGAUGCAACAAGAUGGAGUCUAACAUUCCAGACGUAUGUACAAUUGACGAUGGUUCAGAUGCGGACGAGGAAACAAACACAUCCAACAAGACUAAUGGAACGGUCUAUUUACAGUGCCAAGUAUUGUUUUGUUGAAAACCUGUACAGAAGUGGUAAAAUGCCAGAUUGUGAGUAUGCUGUUUUGACAGAGUGGUUUGAUUGGUUGAUUUCAAACAUAGACCUCAAAAUGGACCUAAUGGUGUAUUUGAGAACCAGUCCUGAAAACUGCCUGAAGAGAAUUAAGGAGAGACAUCGAUCUGAAGAGACUGGCAUAUCAUUACAAUAUCUUCAGGUGUUGGACAAGCUUCAUGAUGAAUGGCUGAUUGAGAACAAAUACUUUCCACUGCCAUCACCAGUAUUAGUAUUGGACGGUAAUCUUGAACUUCCUGAAAUGCUGAAAAUGUUUGAGAAGAACUGCGAUAAGAUACUAAUGCAGAAUAAUGAUUCACGGAAUGGAGGGAGAGUUCAAGUGAAUAGUAAAUGA